AAUCCAUUCAUUGACUUUCCACAAACCACCCAUCUCCCCGGUUGAGAUCGAGUCACUGAGUUCCUGACAAAUCAUCUCUUCUCGAACAUUAAAAAAAAGGAAGAAAGAAAGAAAGAAGGUUUAAAAAAGAAGGAGAAAAAAAAAACGAGUGCCUGGAACCUCAAAUCAUCUUGGUUCAUUCUCCCAUACUCAGGUCUUCUCCAUUCUUCGGCUUCCUUUUUGAGUUGAUCUCGCCAAAAGGACUGGCCGAACAUUUGGACCAACUCGGACGGCCCCUCCCUCGCUUUUGAUCAAAGGAAAGACAAAAAAGAAGGAUCUCUCCUUGCGAAUCGCGCAUAUGAUUGCGUUACAAAACCAGCCUAUCCUACCCCCCGCCAAAGUGGAUAUCUCACUACUACUAAAACCUCAAGAUGAGGAGGAGACGGCACCGGUGACCUCUGCGUCCACCCUUCCACCGAAUCCACUGCCGCCGGCGCCCAUGGCCCCUGCGAUGUCAGUACCCGCCCCGAACCCGGUCCCGACGGUGGCACCUUUCCCCAUCAAGGCGUCGAGCUCGGUGCCAGCCAAGCGCCUCCACCCUGGCCACGCCGCGGAAUCGCCCGCCAAAAAGCAGUCUAAAUGGUCACCAGAAGAAGAUGCCUUGAUUAUCGAGCUACGGGGAAGUGGCAUGAAGUGGGAAGAUAUCAGCAAGCGACUUCCCGGACGAAGUGCGAUCAGCUGCCGCCUCCACUAUCAGAAUUAUUUAGAGCGCAGGAGCGAAUGGGAUGAAGACAAAAAGAAUAAACUUGCGAGGCUAUAUGAGAGAUUCAAAGCCGAAAUGUGGUCCAAGGUAGCCGAGGAAAUGGCGAUUCCUUGGAGAGCGGCAGAGGCCAUGCAUUGGCAAUUGGGAGAACAGGAGAUGGCCCGCCGAGCCGGUGUUGUUCCUUUCUCGCUGUCGAGCACAGCCAUCGACCCGCCAGCCCCGAGAACCCGCAGAGCGAGCACGUCUCUAUCCAGGCCGAGAAAACCAUCCGUCUCACGCGUCAUCCAAGCCCCACAACUCCCAUCCGUCGAAGAGCUCACAGCUGGUGUUCCCGCAUAUGCGCCUACGCCGCCGCCAUUUGCAUUUCCACGAGAUCCCUACCGAGUAGGACGACCGCUAGAUUUGGCCAGCAGUCACGGUCACCUGGGCCCUGCGCUUGGCCCGCCCCCUCGGACCCUUCCUUAGGGUCAAAUCUUACGACAUCUAUGUGUUUAUUUUGCGUGUUACGAAUUGCAUAGCGCUGGUUGGAGGCAACCCUUGUGGUGAUUUUGUUUUUCAUAGAUUAUUCUUGUGAAUAUGUGCGCGCUUCCCUUUUUUCAUUUUUAUCUUUAUUUUUUGUUUUCCUUUGUUUG